UCACAGUUUUUAUGACAUGAAGAGAGGUAACUUCAACGAUCAUCAAAAAGGAUCACUUUUUGUUUUGCACAGUUUUUAGAAGCACGUCUUGGAUCCUUGGAUCUUUUUCCUAAAUUAAAGGUUGAGCAAAAAGCAGGAAAAAAAAAAAGAAAAAAAUCAUCAUGGCAUUAAUGAUACUGCCAUUCAUUGGAGCACUAUCAGUGUUUGAGGGUUUAAUAGCCAUUACAACACUUUGUCUGGUCUACCUGACCCUCAAGCACUUCCGUACUGAGAUCCCUGACGGUUUUCGUCAGCUUCCUGGCCCCAAAUCACUGCCUAUCAUUGGGAAUUUGCUGGAUCUGGGCAGCAAACCCUACCUGAGCCUGACUGAAAUGAGCAAACGCUAUGGUGACGUCUUCAAGAUACAGAUCGGCAUGCGCCCUGUUGUCAUUCUGAGUGGCAGUGAAACUGUUCGACAGGCUCUUAUCAAGCAAGGGGACGACUUUGCUGGCAGGCCAGACCUGUACAGCUUCCGUUUCAUUAAUGAUGGCAAGAGCAUGGCUUUCAGCACAGACCAAAAUGGCGUCUGGAGGGCGCGCAGAAAACUGGCCUACAGCGCCCUGCGCUCCUUCUCCACCCUGGAGGGCACAACCUCAGAGUACUCCUGUGUGCUUGAGGAGCACAUCUGCAAAGAGGCUGAGUGUCUAAUCAAAGAGCUUGACACUGUCAUGAAGACUGAAGGCAGCUUCGACCCUUUUCGCUACAUUGUUGUCUCUGUUGCCAAUGUGAUCUGUGGCAUGUGCUUCGGCCGACGUUACAACCACAAUGACCAGGAGCUGCUUGGCUUGGUGAACCUAUCUGAAGAUUUUGUCCAGGUGACAGGCAGUGGCAACCCAGCUGAUUUCAUCCCUGCUCUGCAGUACCUGCCCAUGAAAUCAAUGAAGAGGUUCGUUGAGCUCAACACUCGCUUCAACAGCUUUGUUCAAAAGAUCGUCACUGAGCACUAUACCACCUUUGACAAGAACAACAUUCGGGAUAUUACAGACUCUCUCAUUGAUCACUGUGACGACAGGAAACUGGAUGAGAAUUCCAAUGUCCAGAUGUCAGAUGAGAAGGUUGUUGGAAUUGUCAAUGACCUGUUUGGGGCAGGUUUUGAUACUGUUUCAACUGCUCUGUCAUGGUCUGUGAUGUAUUUGGUGGCUUACCCAGACGUAGAGAAGAGGCUUUUUGAAGAAAUAAAGGAAAAUGUGGGCCUGGAUCGUUUUCCCGUUCUCUCUGAUAGAAACAAAUUACCCCUCUUGGAAGCCUUCAUACUGGAGCUGUUUCGCCACUCUUCAUACCUGCCUUUCACAAUCCCUCACUGCACCACAAAAGACACAUCUCUGAAUGGCUUCUUCAUUCCCAAAGACACCUGUGUCUUCAUCAACCAGUGGCAGAUAAACCAAGACCCUGAGCUUUGGAAAGACCCCUCCUCCUUCAACCCAGACCGUUUUCUCAACUCUGAUGGCACAGAGGUCAACAAGCUCGAGGGAGAGAAGGUGAUGCUUUUUGGAUUGGGAAAACGGCGCUGCGUCGGUGAAGUUAUUGCACGAAAUGAAGUCUUUCUGUUCUUGGCAAUCUUGAUCCAGAAUCUGCAAUUCCAAAAGCUGCCAGGAAAGCCACUGGACAUGACCCCUGAGUAUGGUCUCACAAUGAAGCACAAACGCUGCCAAUUGAAAGUCGCAAUGCGAGUGAAAAACAAGCAGUGAAGCUAAAUAGUCUGAGGUUGAUGUAUGUUAACUGUGACUCUAUAGUCAAUUAACUAUCAAAUGUAAGCACAGUGAAGUAUAAGGAGAAGUUUGUUUCUUCUGCUCAGUUUUUCUACAGUCUAAAAAGCUCCCAUUCAGAAAUGAUAAAACAUACAAGACAACUUGUUCAGUUUUGGGACGAUUUGUAUGUUGUACUGAAUGGAUAUCUCUAUGAAGGGCAUUGCAACUUGCAUGUUGUCUGUAACAUGAGACUCUGAAUGGAAAUGAUGUCACAGUAUACCAUUCACACUUGUAAGCUAAUUAUCUUUAUUUUAUUUUACUGUAGAUGUUAACACUGAAGCUAUAUUUGUAUCCCAAAAUGUGAUUUAUGUGUAUACCAAGAUCUCUGUAUUUCUAUAGGAAAUGUUUAUGUAAAUACAUAUAUAUAUAUAUAUAUAUAUAUAUAUAUAUAUAUAUAUAUAUAUAUAUAUAUAUGAGGUGAAAUACAUUUGCUGGACAUUGAAAUUACUUUUAAGGGCAGUUCAAUUUUUUUAAAUAUAUAAGAAGGCUAUACAAUUCUGUCUUUAAUGUAUCAGUUAUUGUAAAGGGUGCAAUGCUGUGUAGCCAUAAAAUGAACAGAAAUAAAAAAAUAAAAUAAUGCUGCACUGAU